AUGGACUGCAAAGUUUACGUUGGUGGACUUCCCAAUGAUGCCACUUCCCAGGAGGUUAUCAAAACACUAAAAACUUAGCUAAUGAGCGUUUUCUUCCAGAUCGAAGAUGUAUUCUACCGCUUCGGACGCAUCCGCAAAGUUUGGGUAGCUCGCCGCCCGCCAGGCUUCGCUUUUGUCGAAUUCGAAGAUGGUCGGGAUGCUGAGGACGCAGUGAAGGCUCUUGAUGGAGCGUGAGUGUUAAAAAAUUGUCUUAAACAUCUCAAGUUAAAAUUUUUUCAGGCGAAUUUGCGGCGUUCGUGCACGAGUUGAAUUAUCUCAUGGACGUAGACGCAAUGGAGGAGGUGGUGGUGGUGGCCGUGGACGCAGUCGGUGAGUUGAAAAAAAAAACAAAUUUGAACUUCGUGAUUGAAUAUUUUCGAGAUUAGCUUCUAGACUCUCAGCUUCAUGAAAGGACUUGAGUUUCGAAAAAAUUUUUCAAUCAAAAAUCAUAAAUUUUCUCUCGUUAGUUUACCCUUUAUAAGCUCUCAUCCAAAUUUUAAAGAUUGAACUAUUGUCUUUAAAAUGUGGUUUAGCGGACGCCGUUCGUCCGCCAUUUCCUCGGGCUUCUCUCCCAGUUCACUUCUUUCUACUCUCUUCACCUUCGCGCGCUUGAUCCACCGCAUUGCGUUCUCCAAAAUCGCCUUCUCAACGCAUCAAAUUCUCCCUCUUCGCGUCGAAAUCACAUAAACAAAUGAUCCACACUUCAAAUGCGGCCAUCCAAUUUGACGAUUAGUUAGAGCUUCCGUGAGCCAUCCUCCCUUCCUUCCAUUCUUCCAUCGCGUCUCAACUGAAAGAGUAAGCUCAGUUGAAAAUCUAUAAACCAAUAAAAAAUUAGCUGUAUACGCCAACUCUCGUCAUGGAUCUGCAGGUUUUAAUCUUUUUUAUUUAGUUCGCCGGCAUACCGUGGAGGACGCUCUCGCUCGCGUUCUGGAUCUCGUGGACGACGUGAUCGCAGUCGCUCUCGCUCCAGGUAAAUUUUUUGAAAUACUAGUUCGAUUUAGGAAAAUAUAGUUGAGUAGAGUUAGUCUAAAAAUUUAUCCAAAGUUUAUAUCUGAUUUUUAUAAGUGAGUUCUGCAGGGGACGUCAUUCGCGCUCGAGGAGCAGGUGAGAGUUUUGCUGAUGGUUAUCAAGGGCUGGCGCUCCUGUAGUUUUUAAAUAUUUUUCAAAGUUUUCGGUUGGUUUGUUCCUUUUUACAUACUUUAUAAAAAAAGAAAUAUCGGAAUCGGAAUAUACAUUAAAUAAAUUGCAGGACUCGUUCACCACCAACCAGGAAUUCAAGAUCUCGUUCGCGCUCGAACAGUCGUUCACCAUCACCUCGCAACGACUGA